GCCAAUAGGUACGCGGCUUGCUCAGGUGCCCCUUACCCGUAUGUGUAUUGAUGUUGUAACUAGUGCGGGUACGUAUUUGGUAACAGGUGUUUCGAUAAACGCACGGAGGUCGGCGUUAAGAAUAACAAAAGUGUUUUUUCGAAAUCGUUUUUCUUUGAUCUGAAUAAGUUUGAUUAUUUCACGUAAUCGAAAAAUCCAGACGAUAAUAGAAUUAAAACAGUAUCAUUGUCGACAUUGAUUGGUACAAUAGUGAGUAACAGAAAUUUGAAUGAACAGACCAUCGAGUACCCAAAAACAAGGCAAAGAACUUGCAAAUACUCGAAUUCAAAAAUCAAUCGGCGAGGUUAUCAUCUAGACAUUUCCCAAGACUUCAGUCGAAUGACAAUAAUUAUGCCUGGACAACUUUCUGUAUGGCCUAUUUGCUUUUUCAAUGUCAGUAAACCAGAGAUUGAUGACAACAUCAAGAGUUAUCGUACAUCCCUAAUCAGGUGUAAUGAAGUGCGGCGUAUGUCUGAAGGAGGACUCAUCAUGUCUUCAUGCACAGCUACCGGCCGGGCUGUGCCGAGACGCAAGUUUAGUUUUCCCGUCGCCCUCCACUCUGCUGUCGGGCAACAGUCACCUGUUACCAUGGCAAUUGACGGAUCGCCUUCGGUCACUGUGGCCACAGCUCGUCGGAGGUUCAGCAACGUCAGUGACGUGGUUUCCAGAAAAUUGUCGCAUACCAUUGGUUGGCGGACCUCUGUUCCCGCUGAACAGAUUGCAUGUCAGGGCAAGGCACUGUGCAGCCAGUAUAUCCGAUGGAAGUUAAAGAAUGUAGGGGCAUUUUCCAAAAAAUGUGGUCUAUUGCGGAUUCGCAGUAUUCAUAGUAUUCCUCAGAGCGCCGGGGUCAGAGACGUUUUCCCUGCGGUGCUAAUAGUAGGCCAAGAGCUGGAACGACUACAUCCGAAGUUGUACACGCCAGGACUGACGCGACAAGCCAGAAGUCCAGCUGCAGUGCUAGUUUCCGUAUCAAGAGAGCUGUUCCGAGCUGGUUCGCAAAUAACUUGGGCUAAAGUCGUAUCACUGAUGUGUGUAGCAGCAGGUUUAGCCUUAGAUAGCGUACGGCAGGGACAUGCAGAGCAGUUAGCCGAUAUUAUUGAAGCGGUUGGAGAGAUUAUUGAAGACGACUUAGCCACCUGGAUUCAUUACAACGGUGGAUGGGUUGGAUUACAAACAUAUUGUAAACCGGUCAAUGUUGAAAAUUCUGUAUCCUCAUUAAUACUAAGUCUAGUAACGUUACUUGUAAUUAUAAUCCUAUUUUUAUUACUUUUAAGGUGGUUUAAGUAUACAACUAUUUUCCGAUGAAUUAUAAUUUGUAAAGCACAAUGUUAGUAAUUCACUGAUUUUGUAUUAAUAUUUUGUACAUGGCUAUAUUAGUUGUUACUUAAUUUCGUAUCCAUAUAUAAAUAGUAUUAUUUUUAUACAUAAUAUAAUCAUACGAAUAUUAUUAUAUUAUUCGCACUAUUUCUGUAUACCAGAGAAAAACUAUAUCAAGUCACAUUUUUUUUGAAAAUGAGGUGAUGCUAUUUUUGAAAUUCUUAUUUAAUGAACAUUCUCGACUGGUUUUCAAAAAAUAUCUGACUUGGGAUAGUUAACAUAUGCUACACAAAUUUAUUUAUAUGGUUUUAUAUUAUUUUUAUUGAAUAAACUUUAGUUAAUAUGUGUUCUUUGUAUGAUAACUUUUUUAUUUUGUAAAUUAAAUAUCAGUUUUUAACUACA